AACGUCGGCUGUCUAGAACUUUUGCGCGGCGCAGCAAGAAGACAGAGUGGGGGUGUGAGCAGUAGCCGACAACCACCUGAUGCCGAAGGAACGAAUCCCAUGCGCUUGGAACAAGUCCCGAGCUUAAAAUAGCACUGUCACCAGUUGAAACAGACAUCCUACUCGACUCUCCCCUGUUUCCACCCAUUCUCUCAUUUAGCCUGACACACAUCACCCAUGGGCUCUGCGAUAUCUCGACCUGUGGUCACGACCGUCGGCGUGCUGUACCCUGCCUACGCUAGCUUCAAGGCGCUUGAAACCCCUCAGACGGACGACGACAAGCAAUGGUUGACGUACUGGGUCGUGUUCUCCAUCACGUCAUCCGCAGAGGAAGUGGCCGAGAAGGUUGUGGCGUACUUGCCAGGGUACUACGUGUGCAAGUGCAUCUUUCUCGUGUGGAUGAUGCUGCCCAAGACCCGCGGCGCCAUCUGGGUCUACGAACGCUUUAUCAAGCCAAUGUUGAUCAAGUAUGAGCCCGUGAUCGACACCAAGCUCAAGGACCUCCGCAUGUUCGUGGACAACUGGCUCGUGGACAUGAAGCAUAACGGCGCGCGGUAUGCGGCGCAAGGACUGACGCUGACAAUUGAAGCCGCCAAGCACAUCCAUGGCCAAGCCAACAAGAGCCCCAUCAAGAAGCAGGUCGUGGCCAAGAUUCAAGACAUCCAAAACGCGAGCCUGCGCAAACUCGGAAAGAAGAAACCGUUCAAGGAAGCCGUGGAGGAAGAAGAAGAGCCUGUGCGUGAAGCCGAGGCCGUGGACGCCGCGGAAUGACCGAUAAGACCUUCUUAAGCUAAUAAAUAUUGCAACAUUCGUUACGA